AUGGCUGAUGAACACGAAGAAGUAGGAGAGGACGUCGUAGAAGUUGCUGCUGAUGCACCAGCUGGCCCAAUGAGCGUAGAAGAUGCUCUACAAGAAGUAUUAAAAAAGGCUCUAGUCCACGAUGGUUUGGCCCGUGGUUUACGAGAAUGUGUCAAGGCAUUGGAUCGACGACAAGCUCACUUGUGUGUCUUGAUUGAAACCUGCACUGAAAAAGAAUACGUCAAGCUUGUUGAAGCCUUGUGCAAGGAACACAACAUAAAUCUCAUCAAGUACUCUGAUGCCAAGAAAUUGGGUGAAUGGGUUGGCUUGUGCAAAAUUGACAAGGAAGGCAAUGCCAGAAAGGUCGUUGGUUGCUCAUGUGUAGUUGUCAAGGACUUUGGUGAAGAAUCAGAAGCCAAAAACAUCUUGUUGGACUAUGUCAGCAACAAAUAA